UUUCUUAUACUUUCUGUAAGCACAGUAAAUGGAUAUGGCGCAAAAUAGCAGCUGCAGGAAGAGACCUAAUAUACUUAUCACCGGAGCUCCGGGCACAGGGAAGACGACUACAGCGUCUGCCUUGGCGGAGGUGACGCAACUCCAUCACAUCAACGUCGGCGACUUUGCAAAUGAGAAAAACUUGACCAACGGCUGGGAUGAUACCUUCGAUUGCUACUACAUCAACGAAGACCUCGUAUGUGAUAAGCUUGGAAACUUGAUGGAAGAAGGUGGAAUUAUCGUUGAUCAUCAUGGAUGUGACUUCUUUCCUGAACGUUGUUUUGAUCGCGUAGUGGUGCUUCAAACUGACAAUUCUGUCUUGUAUGGUCGGUUCACUAAGAGGUACUCUAUCUGUAACAACCUCCAAAUAUGUACACUCACAAUAACCGAAGAAAGAUGA